AUGAUUAUUUUUAAACAUUCACAUAGAAGAUCAAAAUUAUUAAAAACUAUAAAACCUAUUAAACUAACUUAUGGUGUUUGGACUAUUAAAUUAAAAAAAUUUUUGUUUUGUAAACAAACAUUUAUAGAUUUUUUAAAAAAAUGUUUUAAAUUUUGAAAAAAAUCUUAUAAUUUUAAAAUUUAUAAAGUUACAAUUAAUACCAAAAAAUCUUUAGAAAGUAGAAUGGGAGGAGGUAAAGGUGAUAAUUUAUAUAAAAUUUUUUCAUUUAGACCUGGUACUUUCCUUUUAGAAUAUUAUAAUUUAAAUAAAUAUCAAAUAUUAUAUUUAUUUAAAUUAAUUAGUUGAAAUAAAAAAUAUUAUUUUAAAUUUUUAAAAAAGAAAUAUAUAUAA